CCCCAUCUGCCUCCCCCCCCCCCGAACCUCCUCCCUCGCCUCCUUUCUCUUUCCUUCUCGCCCCGCCCACCCCUCGCCGCGGGACAACAUGAGCGCUUGGCGCCCGCACCCCAGCUCCGAUGUCGACGCUUCGGCGUCCGGCUCGGUGGCCGCCUCCUUCGCCGACGCGGUCAUCACCGAUCACCAGAGCUUCCAAACCCGGUCAUCGGUCACCCGGCUCAUGAACGACCUCACACAGCAAUUUGGCCUGACCACCUCCUUCGAGGAGAACACCGACAUCCUGAUGUCCUCACUGAACCGACUCCGAUCGCUGAUGCAGCAAGAAUCGGCCGAGACCGGCAGCAUCAACCCCGAGCAGCUGACCUCCCUGUACCAGAUCUGCGAGGCCCUGAAGGACAUGUCCUCCCUCAGUUUGCAGCAGUCGAGCCAGGUGUCCCAGCGCGAGGACGUCUUCCGGGAUGGGACCCUGGAGGCCGAGCUCGGCCGGCUCUUCGGCCGGCCGGUCCCCGGCCAUGAGACCCCUGCUCCGGGGCUCUUCUCCUUCGAGGCCCUCUUCGACGCCACCUCGCACUUCGACCUGGCGGCUCCGCGCCUGGCCUUCCAUCUUCCGCUCAUGGGCACGGCGCCCCCCCCGCGACGGCGCCCCCGGCAGCAGGCGCUUGCCCCCACCGCGCCGGCCGUCCUGCAGGUGGUCCAGUCCACCAGUGACGCGGCCGGCUCGGCUGCCGGCCCGGGGGACAACUUCACCGUGGUGCACAUUUCCAACCUCUAUGCGGUGGUGGCCGGCCGGCCACCGGGGCAGGCCAUUCCCCUCUUCCGCUUGAUAGUCAAUCCCACCGACUUCGCCGAGACCAUCGAAAACAUGUUCUACCUGUCCUUCCUGGCCAAGAACGCCUUUGUCCGGGUCUUCCUCCACCCCGAGGACCGCUUGCCGCUGGUCGAGCGGGCACCCACCCCGCUGGAGAGCGCCACCGCCGGCGGCCUGGCCGCCGCCAGCAGCCCCGACCCCGACCUCAAACCCGACCUCCGGGCUGUUGAGCCCAACCAAUUCAUCUUCCAGCUCAGCCACAAUGAUUUCGAGAUCCUCAGCAAGCUGUAUGCCGGGUCGCCGCCGAUGGUGGUCCGACAAAACACCUUUGUCAACAGCGUGGCCUCGGACUUCGGCAUGCGAAACAUCUUCAAUGAAUACAACUGAAAGCCCACUGCCUUGCCCCCCGG